UAGUUAUGACAUCUACAACUAACCGGGCAAUGUCACGCAGAUACUUUCCAAAUAUUAUAAUAACGGGUACUCCAGGAUGUGGUAAGUCGUCCCAUUCUGAAAGUCUUGUUUCCCAUUUAAACCAAGAGUUAUCCAAGAAGGGUCAAGAGUUUACUCAUUUAAAUGUCAGUGAUCUUGCCAAGGAACGUGGGUGUAUUGAAUCUUAUGAUGAAAGGUUAGACACCUCUGUGGUCGAUGAAGAUAAAUUGUUAGAUUCUUUAGAAGUGGAUCUUGAAAAAGGGGGUGCUAUUGUUGACUGGCAUUGUUGCGAUAUCUUCCCAGAGCGGUUAAUUGAUUUGGUUGUGGUUUUAAGAACUGAUAAUUCUAAUUUAUAUGACAGAUUGAAAAAGAGAAAUUACAACGAAGCUAAGCUUCAAGAAAAUUUGGAUUGUGAAAUUAUGGAAGUGGUUUUAAACGAUGCUAGAGAAGCUUAUAUCCCAGAAAUUGUCAUUGAAUUGAAUUCUAACAGUGCUGAAGAAAUGGACGAUAAUGUUGAAAGAAUUGGCCAAUGGGUUACUAAUUGGAUAAAAGACCAUCCUGAUGGAGUUACCAAUGAAUUGGAUCCAGAACUCGCUGCUCUUGCAAGAGAAGAACAAGGUGAUGACGAAGAAGAAGAUGAAGACUUUGAGAUUGCCGAAGAAGGGGCUUACGAUAGCGAUGACGAUGAAGAAGAAUAUGACGAUGAUGACAAGGAAUAAGGGUGUACACACAUAGACUACAUUUAUAGAUCUCACUCUAAUAUAAAAAUUAAACCCUAAAUACCUAUAUAAACCAGAACCAAAAAAAAACUUAAAUAAAUUGCAAAACAAUCUUUCUAAGGUAGAACAUUAUUACCACCAAAAGAAGGAACAAUACAACGUAGUAACCUCUGGUGAUAGCAUAGUAUGUCCAAUUCUUGGUUAACUUUUCAAGAUUAUGUUGUUCUAAUUCAGUUACAACCUUCAAGUUUUGAGCAAAGAUAUACUUUGAUUCUUCAAUGAUUUCCAACUUUUGCUCUUCAGUUAAUGCAUUUCUGGUGACCAAUUCAUAGUCUCUCUUAUAAAUAAUUCUAAACAAGUUUUCAUCAGCAACAUCAAAGGUAAAGAAAUUGGCACCCAUUUUAAUAACAUCUUCAUGACUUAAACCAGACUUUCUUGGGUAGAAACCAGCGGCUCUAGCAAAAGAAGAUCUCAUAACUCUACCACCAGCAAAUAAAGCCAAGUACAUAACAUGUAAAUAGGCAAACAACAAAUAUGGCUUUUCUUUGGUAACUUCCUUAAUAUGGUUAGCAAAAGCAACUUGCUCAGACAUCACUGGGUGCAUAAACUUUUCCUUUCUGUCAUCAUAAUAAAACAUCAAAUCUUGUUGAGCUUUUUCUCUUCUAGCGAUUUCUGGUUUCCAGACUUGUUUGAACAUUUCGGUCCAUUCAUCAUCGAUUUCUAAUUGUUGAUAUAAACUGGUUUCAAUCGCAUCGAACACAUGGUAGAAUGCCUGAAGACCUUGACGGAAAAUCUUAUAGUUUUUAAGAGCAAUGGCGAAUUUUAAGGUAACCACUUUAUCAAUCUUGUCAUGUAAACUUCUAGUUUCUUUAUUAAUUCUGUUUGCUAAUGCACCAACAUCAUUUGGAGCGGGAAUGAUUUCAUGUUGACUUAACUUGGUAGUAGCACCAAGAGUUUGUGUAGCAGUAGACAUUUUUAAUUAUUCUUUUUUUUUGACUUAGUUUAAGAUAUUGA